AUGGCGGAGUUCCGGGCGCUCGGGCUGGCGCCGUGGCUGGCGGAGCAGGCGCGGCAGGUGGGGCUCGUGCGGCCCACGCCCGUGCAGGCCGCCUGCAUCCCGGCCAUACUGCAGGGCCGGGACUGUCUGGGCUGUGCCCAGACCGGCAGCGGUAAAACCGCGGCGUUCGUGCUGCCCGUGCUGCAGGUGCUCUCCGAGGAUCCCUUCGGCAUCUUCUGCCUCGUGCUCACCCCCACCAGGGAGCUGGCGUCCCAGAUCUCUGAGCAGUUCCGAGUGCUGGGCAAACCCCUGGGCCUGAAGGACUGCGUGGUUGUGGGAGGCCUGGACAUGGUGGCCCAGGCCCUGGAGCUGGCUCGGAAGCCCCACGUGGUGGUUGCCACCCCCGGGCGCCUCGCUGAUCACCUGCGCAGCUCCAGCACCUUCAGCCUCAGGAAAAUCAAAUUCCUGGUUCUGGACGAGGCUGACAGGCUGCUGGAGCAGGGCUGUGCUGAUUUCAGUGCAGACCUGGAGCUGAUCCUGGGGGCGGUGCCCGCUCGCCGCCAGACUCUGCUGUUCAGUGCCACCCUCACGGCCACCCUGAGCCAGCUGCAGGCCCUGGCUGCCAACAAACCUUUCUUCUGGGAGGCUGAGUCCCCGGCGAGGACAGUGGAGGAGCUGGAGCAGAGGUACCUGCUGGUCCCUGAGGCACUGAAGGAUGCUUACCUGGUGCACCUGGUGCAGAGCUUCCAGGAGCAGCACCACGACUGGGCCAUCAUCAUCUUCACCAAAACCUGCAAGGACUGCCAGGUGCUGAACAUGAUGCUGAGGAGAUUCAAGUUCCCUUCCGUGGCCCUGCACUCCAUGAUGAAGCAGAAACAGAGAUUUGCAGCUUUGGCCAAGUUCAAAUCCAGCAUCUUCAGGAUCCUCAUUGCCACUGACGUGGCUGCCAGAGGUUUGGACAUCCCUGCAGUGCAGGUUGUGAUCAACCACAACACCCCGGGGCUGCCCAAAAUCUACAUCCACCGUGUGGGGAGGACAGCACGGGCAGGGAGGAAGGGCGUGGCCCUCACUCUGGUCACUCAGUACGACAUUCACCUGCUGCACACCAUCGAGGAGGAGAUCAAGCUGCAGCUGCAGGAGUUCUCAGUGCAGGAGCAGCUGGUGCUGAACAUCCUGACCCAGGUGAACGUGACCAGGAGGGAGUGUGAGCUGGAGCUGGAGGGGAUGGAUUUUGAUGAGAAGAAAGAAAUCAAUAAAAGGAAGCAAAUGAUCCUGGAAGGGAAGGACCCUGCUCUCGCGCGGGCCGAGUUGGCCGCGAUCCGCGGGCGGAACCGGCGGUGCCGGGAGCGGCUCCGGGAGAGGCUGAGCAGGAAACGGCUCCGGAGGAUGGAGAGGAGGAGGAGGAGGAUGGAGCACGAGGAAGAGGGGAACCUCGGGGAUUUAAAUAAAAGUUCAGGAUUCAGGGAGGGAAAUUCUGAUUUUGUGGAGGAGGAAUCAAAGCUGGGCUGGACUUUUAUGGGAUUUUAA